CAACUGACAGUUUCCUGCCUACAAUGAAGAAGAAAUGCGGGCGCGGUGUUCAAAUGUGUUUCCGGCGCUCUUCUGUUUGAAUCGGAGUGGCAAAGAUGGUACCCGCAGGACAAAAAAGUGUGGCAAGAACCCCCAACAGUGUUGUACAUAGAAAGAGUAAAAUUAAGAGCUACCAACAGUCCUACCAGAGCAUGACGGCUGCUUCGCGUCUCUGCUUGACGAGGGCACUGACGUCAUUGCGGUUCAAAACCAGCAGGACAGCACCAAAGUCUGACAAUAUGCUUGAUAAGGUGGAUCCCAGACAGUUGGCUUCACUGAUGAAAACAGAAUGGCAGCUGUCCUAUGUCACACCCCUCUACCAAUUCCGCUAUACCCAGCUGAAGAGCUACGCCAGGCAACUGUCUGCAUUUAUGGCUGCAGAGAAGCAGCAAGGGGUGGCAGUGGAUGAUGGAGCUACACAAAGCUUCAAGGUCUCCUUCUCCGUGGUUCAUGGCCUGGUUGAAACAGAUUACGAUGCUGAGACCAUUUUAAUACAGAUCUACUCAAAGUCCUUCUCUGCUGGCCAAAAUGAACAUCAGAAGCCAGUAUGGAAGGGCUGGCUUGCAUGCGUCAAUGGCAACCGUGACUACAUGAACUCAGUCCCAAAAGAGUUUAUUUCUCUACCACUGUUUGGCAGCAGCGGGACAGAGGCACUUACUGCUUUGGUAAAAUCCUGGUUCCAGAAGAACUUUGACUGCUGCUUCGGGUCUUUGGAGAUCAACCACAUCAGCUUGCAGUGGUUGGUGGCAUUAUGGACAAACGACCAUGCGGAGUCCAAUAUCAAGCAACUCAAAAUGAUUUGGACUCUUCCAGUUAAGCCUCUGCUUCAGGUCACCUAUGCUGUAAAUCCUGUCGAUGCUUGGGAGCUAUGGUGCAGUGUAAAAGGGGAUCGGCCAGAAUUGGUGAAAGAAAACAAAGUCAUUGAUAUAGACGAUGUGAUGAAACUCACGAAGGGUCUGAUGGGCCACUUCUAUCGGUUCUUCAGGGUGGAUCUAUCAGCGGGGAGCCUGAGCUCUGUGUCCACAGCCCUGGGCUCAGCCAAAAGUAGUGGCAGCAUUAAGAUCUCCAACAGCAAAUGCAUGGCCACCACACUGGCGCUGCUCACAGAGUGUGCCCUCCUCAAAAUGCCCAUUUAACGUUCCCGUCAUGAAGCAGAGUAAAUUGACAUUUUUUAAGUCUAAUUCACUCAGCUUGCUCUUUUAAAUCGUGGGAUUGUGUCUUAGAUUUUAUCUGUAAAAUGAUUGUAAAUAAGCGCGUUAUUUGCUGUCCACCCAAACUGUGAGACAGCGUUUUUUUUCCCAUUACCUUUUUCACAACAGGCCUGAGAACUUUGUAGAGGGGUGGUCGAGGAAAGCUUUCCAUUUUAAUGAGGAUCUGUAUAAAUGUGAGAGUCCAUCCAUUUACCGGUGGGUUAAGAGUUUGAAUCCUCAACAGUGAGAGUCCACCCUUCAGAAUCAUGACAUCUUCACCCUGUUUAUUAUUAUUCAUAAACCAAGACGCAGCCUGCUUGCUCACAAGAAAACAAACAUUGAUGCCCAUCCACACAAUUUCUGUUCACUAUUUAAGUGGUAAAGUUUGGUUGAAGCAACCAAUGUUUUGGCAUUUGGCCGGGUACUGUAUACUGGUAAUUGUAUAUUCAUGUUAUUUUUAUGGCUCGCAUAGCUAUAAUAAAAGUUAAGUUUAGUAAUUAGCUUUUUCCUGGCUUUUACACAAGUACACAGUCAGCAUUGAAUAGUCUUUAAUACAGAUGUCAAAGUCCAUUAUUAAGACGAAAUAAGGAGCCAAACAAAAUAUUACGGUUUCGAUGUCAACAAUAAAAACAGGCAGUUCACAUAUUCACAUCGACCCAUAUCCAGAUGCAUACUGUACAAAAACAAAUUAAGGCAAAGAGCAAAAAUGGAUGUCCUAUUUCAGUUUGUCAUGUAUGAAUGUCAAGUUUAAAUUCUACUACAGUAAAUGCACGGCAGUCAGUCACUACGCUCUUACUCUUGAUGACAGAUUCUCAUUCUUCCAUGAAUUUGCAAGGCGAUUAAGAUUAAAAAAAUAAUACUUGCAUGCAGUAGAUUUGUGAAAGAGUGGUUUCAAUUCAUGGCCAGUAUCCCAAACAAUGCUGAGCCACUGCUGAAUAAAAAAAACAAAAAGGGUGGGCGG